UCGGCCCCCGCCCGCAUCAUGAAUCGCAGUGCCAUCAGUAGCACCUCCGAAAAGGAGACACUAAGCCUGCUCUGGGGCUGUGAGCUAAACCAGGAGAGGCCGACUUGGACCUUCAAACCCCAAAAGGUGGGGAAGCAGGACUGUGUGCUGUCGCUGAGUACGAUUUCCCUGGGUGAGAAAGCCAAAGAAGAGGUGAACGUCGUGGAGAUCCUGCCCUCGGCAAGCCAGGAGGACAAGAAGAGGAGGCCCCUCACCCUGGCCUCGCUUCGGGCCUCGGUCCUCCCCAUGGUCGUUCUGGGGUUGGAGUUUUCCCCUCCAGUCACGUUCCAGCUCCGGGCUGGCUCUGGACCUGUGUUCCUCUGUGGCCAGGAACAUUACAAUGGAUCCUGGGAGGAAGUGGAAGAGGAGGAGGAUGACCUGGAGGAGGAGGAAGAUGAUGAUGACGACGAUGAAGAUAUUGAUAUGUUCCUGGAGGAGACGCCCAUCAAACAAGUGAAAAGGCUGGCACCCCAGAAGCAGACAAGUGCUGGCAAGGAAAAAAAGGUGGAAAAAAAAGACGAGGCAGUAAGACACCAUCUUAAAGGGAGCCCUGCUGGAAAACCUAAAAAGCCAGGACGUUAA